AAGUGCGAUAAUACAUGUUGUGUAGAUCCCUGCUGCGCCGCAUGUGUGCAGAACCGUACGUGGAGUUUGAGCGACUUAUUUCGUGAUUUUAUUGCUGGAAUUCCUAUCGGAAUUUACCAAAAUGGAUGUCGCCGAUCAGAGAACUGGUAUUGCUCAGGUUAAAGAUGCAGUUUCCGAGAAGUGCCAGAAGUUAUUUCAGGACUUUUUGGAGGAAUUUACUGUGGAUGGCGAGUUGAAGUAUCAACAAGGAGUUGAGGAGUUGAUCCGACCGGAGAGGAACACGCUGACCGUCAGCUUUGAGGAUAUUCAACACUAUAACCAGCAACUGGCCACAACAAUCCAAGAGGAAUAUUACAGAGUCUACCCCUACUUAUGCACGGCCGUCAGGAAUUUUGCCCGAGAUCGCAGCCAGAUUCCCCCAUCCAAAGAGUUCUACGUUGCCUUUGAGGAUGUCCCAACUAGACACAAAGUGCGAGAGUUGAGUACAGCUAAGAUAGGCACCAUUGUCCGCAUCAGUGGUCAAGUGGUCCGGACUCAUCCUGUCCAUCCCGAGCUGGUCAGCGGGACGUUUGUCUGCCUCGACUGCCAAACGGUCAUCAAAGAUGUCGAGCAACAAUUCAAAUACACACAGCCGACAAUCUGUCGCAAUCCCGUCUGCAACAACCGGAACCGGUUUAUGCUGGAUACCAACAAGUCCCGCUUUGUGGACUUCCAGAAGGUGCGCAUUCAAGAGACGCAGGCCGAGCUGCCCAGGGGAAGCAUCCCACGAAGCGUGGAGAUCGUUUUGCGGGCGGAGGCCGUAGAACUACCCCAGGCUGGUGACAAGUGUGACUUCACCGGUACCCUGAUAGUGGUACCCGACGUGGCCCAGCUAUCGGUCCCAGGUGCACAGCAGGAGACCUCCACACGGAGUAAAGGGGGCGAGGGAUACGACCAUGAGGGCGUGCGCGGCCUGAAGGCGUUAGGAGUCCGGGACCUGUCUUACAGACUAGCCUUCCUCGCUUGUAACGUCACCCCUUCCAACCCUAGGUUUGGAGGCAAAGACAUGCGAGGGGAUGAGUUAACAGCUGAGGCCAUCAAGAAACAGAUGACGGACCAGGAAUGGCAGAAAGUCUACGAGAUGAGCCAGGAUAAGAACCUGUACCAUAACAUCAUCACCAGUCUCUUCCCCACCAUCCAUGGAAGUGAUGAGAUCAAGCGUGGUAUUCUACUGAUGUUGUUUGGCGGCGUUCCCAAGACCACAAUGGAAGGCACCAGCCUACGUGGGGAUAUCAACGUCUGCAUCGUUGGGGACCCCAGCACGGCCAAAAGCCAGUUCCUGAAGGCUGUGGAGGAUUUCAGCCCCCGUGCUGUCUACACCAGUGGCAAGGCCAGCACCGCGGCUGGUCUGACGGCCGCCGUCGUCAAAGACGAGGAGUCACACGAGUUUGUCAUCGAGGCGGGCGCUCUCAUGCUGGCCGAUAAUGGUGUGUGUUGCAUCGACGAGUUUGACAAGAUGGAUCUCAAGGACCAAGUGGCCAUCCACGAAGCCAUGGAACAGCAGACGAUCUCCAUCACCAAGGCUGGAGUCAGGGCGACGCUGAAUGCCCGUACCUCAAUCCUAGCUGCAGCCAACCCCAUAGGCGGGCGGUACGACCGGGCGAAACCACUCAAACAGAACAUCAACCUGACGGCCCCCAUCAUGUCAAGAUUUGAUCUGUUCUUCAUCCUCAUUGAUGAAUGCAAUGAGGUGACGGACUAUGCCAUCGCUCGUCGGAUUGUCGAUCUCCACGCCAGGAACAAGGAGUCGGUGGAGCGAGUCUACUGCGUGGAAGACAUCCAACGAUAUCUGAUGUUUGCAAAACAGUUCAAACCCAAGAUCACGAAGGAGUCGCAGGAUUUCAUGGUGGAGGAAUAUCGUCGCCUGCGCCAGCGCGAUUCCUCGGGGGGCACCAUGUCGUCGUGGAGGAUCACCGUCAGACAGCUCGAGAGUAUGAUCCGUCUGUCUGAGGCAAUGGCCAGGCUUCAUUGUCAGGAUGAGGUCCAACCCAAGCACGUCAAGGAGGCGUUCCGUCUGCUCAACAAGUCCAUCAUCCGAGUGGAACAACCCGUCAUAAACUUUGAGGAAGAAGAGGACAUGGAGCCAGAACUAGAACCAGAGGAUAAGGAGAAUUCCAUGGAAACCGACACGACGGCAACGCCCACCAAGGAACCAGAACAGCCCCCUGCUAAGAAGAAGACCAUCCAGGUGCCCUUUGCGGAGUACAAGGCCACGGCUAGGCUGCUGGCCAAGUACGUCAGACACCAGGAGGAGAAAGAAGAGGAAGGCUUCGAGGGUGUGCGUCGCAGCGCUCUAGUCGACUGGUACCUGGACUACAAGGAAAAGGAAGGAGAGAUCGAGACGGAGGCCCAGCUCAUAGAACUCAAGCACAAACUGGACAAGAUCCUGGACCGAUUGAUCCAGAAGGAUAACAUCAUGAUAGAGCUCGUCAAGACGGGACUGACACAGCGCAAGGGAGACACACAGGCCGAAGGCAUUGUGGAGGAAAAAGACCCACUACUGGUGGUCCAUCCCAACUUUAACAUCGAGGACUGAAAUGUGAAACCAAUUUGGAUUCUUGUCCAACAAGCAUCUGAACGACCCUUUUAACCGUAUACAAUUCAUACAAUGAAUAGAGCUAUAUACAAUGAAUAUGGCUAUCUAUAGAGUACCGAAGUGUGACGUCAUUUAGAACCGGGAAAUGUAGUGCAAAUGAAUGGAGUACGCAUGCAUGUUGGUUCACGGGCUGAAUCGCGCGCUAAUGUCUUUUUAAGUAUACACACAAAAUUUUGCGUGUGAUGUAUUCACUUUGGUACUCUAUGGAAAUGGACUCUGCAUAAGUACCCCCUCAACGGUUACAAAGGGAGAGCUGGGGGUGACCACUGGGAGAGACAUUGGAACACAUUGCCGACGUAACCCAAAGUUCAUGCAAUGCGCACACGAACCAGUAGCGACAUAAAUUGUUCUUUCACAGAGUCCGUUGCUGGUCUCGGCCAUUUAUGUGGACACGACCCAUUUUUCUUUAUCUGGAGGUUCAUGACGAUCUGAUAAUGUAUACAUGUAUAUAUAAAUGUACCUGAAUUUUGCUUGUUCUUCCCUGCGCGUUUUGGUCACUACAAAAUGAACGUACAUGUAAAGUUAGACUUUCUAGAGAGAUUUUUUUCUGGAUUCUGCAGAACAAGAGAUCUCUAAUGAGUUAUUAUUACACUUUAGGGGUACUGAGUUCAGGUAUAGAAAUAGGACUGCCAACUAAAUUGAAGUUGUUAAAUUUAUGAGAAAAUGGCAUUUUAAAGAUGCCGCUGUUGUAUUAUAGUGAAUGAAUAUUCAACGGGAUGAAAAUACAUGGAGGUUUUAAAGAUGUUUGAACAAAACAAAAAACAAAAAUGGAAAAAGUUGUAGAACAGGACUUCAAGAUUGAGGUUCACCUGAAAAAAAAAAGACCACCCCUUCAAAUUUUGGCUUUGCCCCAUUGUACUGCAAAAUGGCAAUUUCCAACUUAAUGCUGUUUUUUUUUAGUCAAUAGAAUAUCCCCUUGCACAGCACGGGUCUAUAAUAUAUGCCAGCAGAUUCCUAAAGAUCAGUCCAUAAGCUUUUGAACCUCUUGAAAGUAACCCCGCUGAAUCAAACAGAAUCUUACAAACUGAACACAUCUUGUGUACUUUUAGAUCAGCAUAUAUUGCCAACUGUUUUAUUCCAUUGGACUAGCCACUUGUAGAAAAGAAAAAUGUGAGAUUUACUUCAAUUCCUGAAAAUGUGGAACAGGUUUAUUAUAAUUUAUAUUCAUGCCUCACAUACAUACUUGUAAAUCUGCAUAAGCAUCACAGAUAUUGAAUUGUGUAGGUAGGUUUCUUGUAAACUGUACAAAUGAAAAUGACCAGUUUUGGUUUGGAUGUUGGUAGUAAAUAAAUGCAAAUCAAAACAUUUCA